AGAGAGGGUGAUAAGUAACUUGUCCAGGUUUCUGCUGAUUAUAUGGUUCUUGGUGGUUCUUGGUGGUUAAGUCAAACGAAUAAAAAAUAAAUCCACCAGAACGUCGUGUCGGAGCUCACGCGCCGCUUCUAUUUCCGCCACUUCCUAGAUUCGUAGGGAAGGACAGCUGAAUGAACGGCCAAACCAGUCAUCAGCAGCCAAAGGAUGGGCGCCACGACGACGAUGCUGCGCUCACUGAGUUCCUCGCUUCUCUGAUGGACUAUACCCCCACGAUACUUGAUGAAUUGGUGGAACAUUACUUGGCGAAAAGUGGAUUCCAGUGCCCCGACACCCGAUUGACAAGGCUGGUGGCAGUUGCAACACAGAAGUUCAUUGCAGAUAUGGCAACUGAUGCACUUCAGCAGUGUAAGGCACGGCCAGCUGUAAUCAAGGACAAAAGAGAUAAACAGCAAAAGGAGAAGCGUUUGAUUUUGACGAUGGAGGAUCUAUCCAAGGCUCUACGAGAGUAUGGUGUGAACGUCAAACAUCAAGAGUACUUUGCUGACACUCCAUCUACUGGUUUAGAUCCUGCUUCGAGAGAUGAAUAACCACUCACCGUAUCUGAAGGUUUCUAUCAUGAAAGAAAACUGCAUUAUUAUCAAACUAUGUAAAACUGAAAAAAAAAGAAAAAGAUCUAUAAAAAUACAUGAAAUGUAUGUGUUAAAUGGGUAAUUCAGAUAACAGAAAAUCAAUUCAAACUUCAUUGAACAAUU